CCUGUGCGCGGCCGGCGGCCGGCCAUGCCGGGGGUGCGAGGCGGGUGCCCAGGCCCGCCAGACCCGGGGCGGUCAAGCGGGGAUGGCCGCCGGGAGCCAUCGGGGAGGACGGCGGCGGGGCUGCUCCCGGCGCAGCGGGGGACAGCGGGGCGCCGCAGUAAGAAACCAAGACGCUCCUUAAGGAAAGGAUCCCUGCCCAGGACAAAUGAUGGAGCACCACGGAUAAGGGUUCCCCGCUGAAGGGCGAGACAUGCGGUAGGAGCCAGCGCAUCCCACCAAAGAGCGAGAGUCGGUCGUGCCGCACAGCCUGGGGCACAGCGGGAGGGACAGGACAUGCGCCGCAUCGGCUGCCUCCUCUCGGGACUCCUCUUCAUCCUCAGUGUGACCAGCACGGACGGCUUUGCCCGGGCAGGCCGCAGAGUCUGUGCCGCUGCGCCGCAGAGCCGGACGGCCGCCUACACCGAGUCCCACGUCCAGCCCGUCUACCAGCCCUACCUCACCACCUGCCAGGGCCACCGCCUCUGCAGCACCUACAGGACCAUCUACAGGGUUGCCUACCGGCGGGCGUACAAGCAGCUGCCCCAGCCCGUGGCCUCGUGUUGUCCCGGCUGGAGCAGAGCUAACAGCCACACGCUCAGCUGCGACAGAGCUCUCUGCUGGGUGCCGUGCCAGAACGGUGGGAGCUGCACCUUCCCCGGCAGAUGCGCCUGCCCGCCUGGCUGGACGGGGCGAGCCUGCCAGACAGACGUGGAUGAGUGUGUCGGCCAGAGCCACGGGUGCGGUCAGCUCUGCAUCAACACGGCUGGGAGCUACCGCUGCGCCUGCCGGGAUGGCUUCAGCCUCACUGCCGACGACAAGGUGUGCCAGCCCCUGGUGCCAGCGCCCGAGCCAGAAACCUUCAGCCAAGCAGGUCCCCCCAGUGAAAUGAAGGAAGAAAUGAAAGACUUGAAGAGCAGAGUGGAAGCGCUGGAGCAGAAACUCCAGUUGGUGCUGGCCCCCUUCCACAACCUCAUGCCAUCUGCGCCGGAGGAUGUCGGCGCAGACCCCAUCAGCCGGCUGUCCCACUCCCUCCAGCAACUGGACAGAAUCGACUCCCUGAGCGAGCAGAUCUCUUUCCUUGAGGAGCGGCUGGAGACAUGUUCCUGCAAGAAUGAACUCUAGCCGAGCACCCAAGGAAUUGGAGCAAGAUGCAUGCAUCCGCAGUUCUUCUCUCACUCUCCAGCCCCAGGCUGGGGCCGAAGCCACAUCAUCUACAGGAAGGCACAGGGUAGCAGGAGAAGGCUGGUUUCCCAUCAGCAUCUCCAUCAUUUUCUCUUCCAACUCACCUUAUCAAAGGUCACGCAGUUACUUCCAUACUGGACUCUGAGCCCUCAGCAUCUCAGCCCCUUCCUGAUGGAGAGGCAGAAAAUAAAUGCCUUACCUCGUGCCAUUAGUGCCGGUCUGGCUGUGCCAGAGAGACAAGCUGUA